GAGGAUUGAAACGUUAUUCCAUGGAUCUAAGUGUUAGUGACUCCAGAAUAGUUGUUUGAGCAUAUGCCAUGGUGAAAAUAUCUGUUCUCCAACAUGCUCCUUCAGUACACCUGCCUGCACGUCCUGGAGACCCUACGCCUACCACCCGCAAUCUCGAUCCCCUGAUGCACCCAUUUGCUCGCGCUCGCGAACGAAAUCGUGCUUUGAAUGCUGCCAAGAUGGACAGGUUGUUUGCGAAGCCCUUCGUAGGGGCUCUUGAGGGUCACAUAGAUGCGGUCGAGGUGUUGUGCAAAAAGCCUGGGUCAUUGAGUGCUGUUGCCAGUGGUAGCUGGGAUGGAGGCGUAAUUUUGCAUAAUGUUUCCGAGCGCAAACAUAUCCGUCGAAUACAAGGUGCUCAUAAGGGCAAAGUGUCGGGCCUUUGCUUUGCUCAAGACGACCGGCUACUGAGCUGCGGUGUGGACAGCAAAAUCAAACUUUGGGACGCGAGUCCGCAAGAUGAUAUAACAGAGCAGCGCCCGUUGAAUGAAUAUCCUGGGAAAUCACCGUUCAACUCAAUAGACCACCAUCGUUCGGAUCCACUUUUUGCUACAGCUUCAAACAUUGUUCAAAUAUGGGACGAAACGAAGAGCGCCGCAAUAUCCAAUUUAACGUUCCCCACGUCCACCGAGACCAUCACGUCUGUGCGAUUCAAUUUGAGUGAAACAAGCGUACUUGGCAGCAUUGGCUCAGACCGAACUUUCACCCUCUACGAUAUUCGCACAGGAAAGGCAGAGCGUCGUGUUGUCAUGCAGAUGAGCUCAAAUGCACUUGCAUGGUCACCAACUUUUCCAACGAAUGUCCUGCUCGCAUCCGAGGAUCACAAUCUUUAUGCGUUUGAUGUCAGGCAACUGAAAACUCCCACUCACAUCUACAAAGGACAUGUUGCAGCAGUUAUGAGCUGUGAUUGGAGCCCGACUGGACUGGAAUUUGUUAGCGGUGGAUGGGACCGGACAGUAAGAAUAUGGAAGGAGGGUCAAGGCACGGGACCAGAAGUGUAUCAUACUAAACGAAUGCAAAGGGUCUCAUCAUCUAUAUUCACUGCUGACGCGCGCUUUGUGCUUACGGGCUCAGACGAUGGUAAUGUACGGAUAUGGAAAGCCAAAGCAUCAGAAAAGCUUGGUAUCAUCACGGCCCGGGAGCGUGCCGCAAUCGAAUACCGGGAUACCUUGAAAGAUCGAUGGAAGCACGAUAACGAAGUUGGCAGGAUUCAACGCAACCGACACUUACCAAAGCCAGUCUACCAGGCUACGAAGCUCAAACGCACUAUGCUCGAUGCACGUGCCGUCAAGGAGGAACGUCGGCGGAAACAUACGCGUGCCGGGGAGAGCAAACCAAACGCAGAACGCAAAAAGGUGGUUAUUACGGAGCAGACUUGAUUGCGCGCUCGACGUUAGCCUAUACCUGUUUUAUAACAACGUAUCGUGACAUGCAACAGUGCGAUUCCACCGACACAUGCUGCAGCUGCCAAUCACCGCAACUACUGAUUUACAAGUGGUUCGUGGCAGACCUUGACAAACGUUUAAAAUUUAGUAUCUACCUUGCUCAAGAUAUCCGAGGCUGCCAUGGAAGCGGUGCAUAAUGAAUGUUAGACCUCGAAUUUUG